AUGGCGGCUACCGUGGAGCGGCGCCUCGCCCAGUUCCGCGCCGCCCGCGGCAGCGCUGCCGCCGCUCCGCGCCCAGACGAGCCGCCGGGAAAGGCCACGGCUCCGGAGGCCGCCGAGGGACCGCGGGCAGCCGCGGAGGGCCCGGGCGGCGGCGCUCAGGUCCGGCCCGGCGCAGCCGCCACUCCCCUGUGGGCGCGCCCGCUGCUGCUGAAGGUGCUGCUGUGGGCCGUGCUGCUGGCGCUGUUUGCGGAGCUGGAGCUCGGGCUGCCCUACUUCGUCCUCUCCCUGCUCUACUGGAUGUACGCUGGCACCCGCGGCCCCGCCGAGCGGCGGCCCGGCGAGCUCAGCGCCUACUCCGUCUUCAACCCCGGCUGCGCCGCCAUCGCCGGGACGCUGACGGCCGAGCAGCUGGAGCGGGAGCUGCACUACCGGCCCGCCGCGGGCAGCUAGCGCCGGACCCGGCGGGGACUGCGCUGAGCUGGGCCGGGACAGCCGCCGCGCCGGGCCGGCCCCGCUGCCGCCGCUCCGAGGAAGGGCCGGGGCUUGGGGGAAUGAAAUGGGGUUUGUUCCUAUGCAAAAAAGCACCUGAGCCUUACUGCUGGCCCCGAGUCCCACGGCGCCGGCCGGUCCCGAAUAAAACCGUAGCAAAGCC